UUGGGGACAUGGCAAUGCUCUGUGGCUGUGAUUGGGGUCCCAGGGCUGGCCUGCACCUCCCCUGCCUUCCCAGUGCAGGCAGAGAGGAAUGGCAGCACCCCGGGGGGUCCCAGGGAGCUGUCCCAGCACAGCUGGCCAGGUCACUGGGUGCACUGGGAGGACACGGGACACAGUUGCCUUUUGUUGGUGCUGGCCCCGGGAGCAGGGACCCAGGCUCAUUGUCUCCUCCCUCCGCCCCCGCCGCUGGCGCCCGGCACCACGGAUUUGGGGUUUAAGGAGCAGGCAGCAGCCCCUGCUCACCCGCAGGGAGAGGAGGCAGGCGAGCAGCAGAGCCCACACACCGCAGCAGGCUCUCCAGCAGCUGCCGUCCCGAUUACCCAUCCGAUGGCAUGGAUACAUCUCAUGCAUGGCCAGCACAGGAGGUGCAGGAGCCGUGGCCCACUGCCUGCUGCCGUGCAGAGGUGGAGAGGAGUUGUUUCCUACCGCAAACACCGCUGGAGGCUCAGGCGCUGCCAGCGGAGUUACCGGUGCUCGCUGGAGCCGGAACUGCUGGGGGAGGUUUGGCCAAGGCAGCGAUCCCUGGCCACCGCUGCGGGGCUGCCAGCCAGGCCCCAGCCAUGAUCCCCACGCUGCUGCUGCUGCUGCUGCACAGCACUGCCGCCGGCCGCCCCCUGCCUACUGCCACUCCCCGCCUCAAGCUGGCCUUCCCUGAGCUGCGGGCUCGCCAUGGGCUGCGUCUCUUCGCACUGGAGCGGUCGUGCUGCUACGAGGCCCUGCUGCUGGAUGAGGAGCGUGGCCGCCUCUUCGUUGGCGCCCAGAACCAUCUCCUCUCCCUGGCCCUGGAUGACAUCAGCCAACGGGACAGGAAGAUCUACUGGCCAGCACCUGUGGAGUGGAGGGAGGAGUGCAACUGGGCUGGCAAGGACAUCACCGCCGAGUGCAUGAACUUCAUAAAGAUCCUGCACCCCUACAACCGGACCCACCUGUACGCCUGCGGCACUGGUGCCUUCCACCCCGUCUGUGCCUUCGUGGAGGCUGGCCAGCAUGCGGAGGAGCCCAUCUUCAAGCUGGACCCCCAGCACGUUGAGGAUGGCAAAGGGAAGAGCCCCUACGACCCCCAGCAUGCGGCUGCCUCCGUCCUCGUGGGCGAGGAGCUCUACUCCGGGGUGGCCACCGAUCUGAUGGGCCGUGACUUUACCAUCUUCCGCAGCCUGGGCCGGCGUCCCUCCAUCCGCACGGAGCAGCAUGACUCCCGCUGGCUCAACGAGCCCAAGUUUGUGGCCGUUUUUUGGGUGCCGGAGAGUGAGGACCCUGACGAUGACAAGAUCUACUUCUUCUUCCGCGAGACAGCAGUGGAGCGGCAGCAGGGGCUGGGCAGGAUGAGCUUUGCCCGCAUUGGCCAGAUCUGCCGGAAUGACGUAGGCGGGCAGCGCAGCCUGGUGAACAAGUGGACAACCUUCCUGAAGGCUCGGCUCGUGUGUGCCGUGCCAGGACCUGACGGGGCAGACACCCACUUCAAUGAGCUCCGGGACGUUUUCCUGCUGCAGACAAGGGACAAGCGCAACCCCCUGGUCUACACUGUCUUCUCCACCUCCAGCUCUGUUUUCCAGGGAUCAGCCAUCUGCAUUUACACCAUGGCUGACAUCCGCCGGGCUUUCCUGGGCCCCUUUGCACACAAGGAAGGUCCCAACUACCAGUGGGUAUCAUACCAGGGCCGUGUGCCAUACCCCCGCCCAGGCAUGUGCCCCAGCAAAACCUUUGGCACCUUCGGCUCCACCAAGGACUUCCCAGAUGAGGUGAUCCAGUUUGCCCGGCACCACCCGUUGAUGUACAACCCGGUGCUGCCCCACGGCCAGCGCCCCCUCUUCCUGCAAGCUGCCAUGCCCUACACCUUGACCCGCAUUGCCGUGGACCGUGUCACUGCCACUGAUGGCCAUUAUGAUGUCCUCUUCAUUGGCACAGAUGUGGGCACAGUGCUGAAGGUGGUCUCUGUGCCCAAGGAGAGCUGGAACCACAUGGAGCCGCUGGUCCUGGAGGAGCUGCAGGUCUUCCAGGACGCCUCCCCCAUCACCAGCCUGCAGCUCUCCUCCAAGCGGCAACAGCUCUAUGCUGGCUCAGCCACGGCACUGGCACAGCUGCCCCUGCACCGCUGCAGUGCCUACGGCAAAGCUUGUGCCGAGUGCUGCCUGGCCCGGGACCCAUACUGUGCCUGGGAUGGCACUGCCUGCACCCGCUAUGUGCCCAACACCAAGAGGCGUUUCCGCCGGCAGGAUGUCCGCAACGGUGACCCCAACAUGCUCUGCUCCGAAGACCCCCGGAGGGGCAGCGUGCCCCAGAAGCAGCUCUAUGGGGUGGAGGGCAGCACAGCCUUCUUGGAGUGCAUGCCCAAAUCCCUGCAAGCCCACGUGUUCUGGACAUACCAGCGCACCCGCGAUGAUCCCCCACGAGAGGUGCAGAUGGAUGAGCGGGUGGUGCGGAUGGAGCGGGGUGUCCUGCUGCGCAGCGUGCAGCGUGCCGACACUGGCCUCUACCUGUGCCACGCCACUGAGCACGGCUUCACCCAGCCGCUCCUGCGGCUCUCCCUGGAGGUGAUCGGCACCCGGCAGGCAGCAGGCACGGCACCUGAUAGAGACCCACAGCCCCUCGCCGGGGCGUCCAGCCGCAAGGUCUGGUACCAAGACUUCCUCCAGCUGGUGGAGCGCCCGCCGCUGGGGGCUGCUGAUCGGGUGUGCCAGCCGCCCUGGACCCGGGGCAGACCCCUGCCACCCCCCCGCACCCAGGCCGGACCCCCAGGCCGCGGGCAGGGCGAGGAGCCGCGCAGAGCCCGCCGCCGGCGCACACACGAGGGGUCGCGGGCCGAGCGGGGCCCCCGCAGCGCAUCGCCCUGGUGACCCCGGGGCCGGCCCCGGGUGCCGGGCUCUGCCUAAGAGCGGGGCCGCGGGCAGGGGCAAAGCCCCCGCCAGUCUCGGCCGCCCGCCGGCAGCACGGGGAGGGGGCACAGGCAGCAGCGGGGGGCUGCGGCGCCGGGCCCAUGAGGGCAGCCGGACUGACCACCCCCCCAUGAAGGGCUGCUGGCCACCCUUGCCACCGGCUCCAGCACGGGUGGGGGCACCCAGCCGGCUGCCAGCACCGCGGAGUCACCGAAGUAUUUAUUAACGACUGUUACGGUUGAAUGUAAGCAUGCCCUGGUAGGGGGUGGCAGGGCCAGGCUAUGCCUCACCCCCGGCACGGCACCGCGGGGGGGCAGGGCAGCAGGGCCACCCUCGAGUCCUGGGGGGGGCUGCAGUGGGCAGUGGGAUCCUGGAGAGACGGUGUGGGCAGCAGUAGGGCGAGGGGGCUGCAGGAGGAGGGUGCCCGGAGGGGAAGUAGUGGGGGGCACAGAGGUGGCACCCAGCGGCCCGGGUGCAAAGCAGCGGCGUGAAGGGGCUUGUACUAAUUGAGCACAAUAAAGCAGAGGAUUCA